AUGGGGAGGAUGGAGCAUUCAGCCAGCAGGAGGGCCCAGGGAGACAACCUGAGCUACUUCCUAGAGGAUCCAGGCACCGGGACGCUGUACAGGAGGGGCCAGCUCCUGGGAAAGGGGGCUUUCGGCCGGUGCUACAAGUUCACGGACACGUCCACCGGCAAAGUCUACGCCAUCAAGAUCGUCCCCCAGUCCCACAUCUCCCGGCUGGAGAGCAGGGGGAAGGUCGAGAGGGAGAUCGAGCUGCACAGCCACUUGAGCCAUCGGCACGUCGUGGGCUUCCACCGGCACUUUGCUGACCGGGACAACAUCUACAUGAUCCUGGAGUACUGCAGCCACAAGUCCCUUGCCCACAUCCUGAAGGCCAGGAAAACUCUGACGGAGCCAGAGGUCCGAUAUUACCUGAGGCAGAUCAUUGCGGGGCUGCGCUACCUCCACCAGCAGGGCAUCAUCCACCGCGACCUCAAGCUGAGUAACUUCUUCCUCACGAAGAACAUGCAGGUGAAGAUCGGGGACCUGGGGCUGGCGACAAGAGACGAGCAGGCCGGCCGGAGACGGGGCGUGGUGUGUGGGACGCCCAACUACCUGGCCCCCGAGGUGAUCGCCAAGAAGGGGCACUCCUUCCAGUCUGACAUCUGGGCCCUGGGCUGCAUCAUGUACACCGCUCUGACAGGCUGCUCCCCCUUCGAGAUCACCCACAAGCAGGAGAUGUACCAGUGCAUCCGGGAGGGCCGGUACCCCAUCCCCAACCACCUCUCGCCAGGCGCCAGGAAGCUGAUCGGCUGCCUGCUGGCGCCCAGCCCCUCAGAGCGGCCCAGCCUGGAGGAGGUGCUGGAACACGAGUUCUUCACCCAGGGUUUCACUCCGGACAAGCUGCCAUCCCGCGCCUGCCAUUCGGUGCCCGUCUUCGCCCUGCCCAACCCGAUUGGCAAGCUCCUGAAAAAGGCGGCCAAGGUGCUGUUCAGGGGGUUGCCGUGCCAGGAGCCCCGGGCAGGUAGCCCAGUGCCCGGCGAGGAGCCGGAGAAGCUGAUGAGCCGAUCCCAGCAGGCUCAGAACCUGCCCAGCCUGGAGCACCACAGCGAGGUGGAAAGAGGCAGUGUCCAGGCUGCGCCGUUCCCCGAGGCCCCCAGCAUGUUCUCCAUCCAUCUGCUCAUGACGGGAGCCCUCAGGCCCAGCCGCUCUGGUGCCAACUCAGAUGCAGGCUGGAGCGUGGCGAGCGCGGUGCAGUCAGUCACCAGGGUGCUGAGCAGCUGCCUGGAGAACAUGCCUCUGGCCGAGCACAACCCUGUGCAGCGCCUGGCACCGCCCGUCCUCUGGGUCACCAGGUGGGUGGAUUAUUCCAACAAGUACGGCUUCGGCUACCUGCUCUCGGACGGCUCCACGGGUGCCCUGCUGGCCGACGGCACCCACCUAGCCCUGUGCCCGCAGUCACCGCGUGUCUGCUACUGCCCGGGGCGCGGGGAAGCCGUGUCCUUCCCCCGGAGUGACGUGCCCACCUCCCUGGCCACGAAGAUGGGCGUCCUGCACUUCUUCUCCCAGUACAUGCAGCAGAAGCUGCUGGAGGGGGGGAACGAGCCGGCGGGUCCCAGCAGCUCCAUGGACGCCCCCUGUCUCCUGUGCUGCGCCAAGUCGGACCGGGCACUGCUGAUGCUCUUCAGCAAUGGGACGCUGCAGGUCAAUUUCUAUCACGACCACACCAAGCUGGUGCUGAGCUGCCCAGGCGGUGGGCACCUCCUGACCUUCAUCGACGAGCAGCGCGUCAGUGCCACCUUCCCGCUGGGUGCCCUGGCCGCGGGGGGCUGCGCCCCGGCCCUGCGGGAGCGCCUGCAGUACGCCCUCAACAUGGCCCACUGCCUGUAG